GGAGCAGUCUCAGCGCCGGCCGCCAUUUUGUGCAGUCGCUGGGAAGGAAGGAGACGCCUAAACCACGGCACUGCCGGGUUUGAGCGUAGCCAAACCUACCCACUGUUUUUAUAACCCCGAUUCUCUGUGUUUUGCUCCCGUCUCCGACGAGAGAGGCGGCGACGGUGGCGUCUGCGACGGGAGACAGCGCGUCGGAGCGAGAGAGCGCCGCGCCUGCCGCCGCCCCAACAGCGGAGGCGCCGCCGCCAUCGGUCGUCACCAGACCGGAGCCGCAGGCCCUCCCGAGCCCGGCCAUCCGUGCCCCGCUCCCAGAUCUCUAUCCGUUUGGGACCAUGCGCGGAGGCGGCUUUGGGGACCGGGACCGGGAUCGUGACCGUGGAGGAUUUGGUGCAAGAGGUGGUGGUGGCCUUCCCCCGAAGAAAUUUGGUAAUCCUGGGGAGCGUUUACGUAAAAAGAAAUGGGAUUUGAGUGAGCUCCCCAAGUUUGAGAAGAAUUUUUAUGUAGAGCAUCCAGAAGUGGCAAGGCUGACUCCAUAUGAGGUUGAUGAACUACGCCGAAAGAAGGAAAUUACAGUGAGGGGGGGAGAUGUUUGUCCUAAACCUGUAUUUGCCUUCCAUCAUGCUAACUUCCCACAAUAUGUAAUGGAUGUGUUGAUGGAUCAGCACUUUACAGAACCAACUCCGAUUCAGUGCCAGGGAUUUCCCUUGGCUCUCAGUGGCCGAGAUAUGGUGGGCAUCGCUCAGACUGGCUCUGGGAAGACGCUGGCGUAUUUGCUGCCUGCAAUUGUCCAUAUUAACCAUCAGCCGUACCUGGAAAGGGGAGAUGGCCCGAUCUGUCUAGUUCUGGCUCCUACCAGAGAGCUUGCCCAGCAAGUACAGCAGGUGGCUGAUGACUAUGGCAAAUGUUCUAGAUUGAAGAGUACUUGCAUUUAUGGAGGGGCUCCUAAAGGUCCUCAGAUUCGAGAUUUGGAGAGAGGUGUUGAGAUCUGUAUAGCUACUCCUGGGCGCCUGAUAGAUUUCCUGGAGUCAGGAAAGACAAAUCUUCGCCGAUGUACUUACCUUGUAUUGGAUGAGGCGGACAGGAUGCUUGAUAUGGGCUUCGAACCUCAGAUCCGUAAAAUUGUGGACCAAAUCAGGCCUGAUAGGCAGACAUUGAUGUGGAGCGCAACCUGGCCAAAAGAAGUAAGACAGCUUGCAGAGGAUUUCCUUCGUGAUUACACCCAGAUCAACGUGGGCAAUCUGGAGUUGAGUGCCAACCACAACAUCCUCCAGAUUGUGGAUGUCUGCAUGGAAAGUGAAAAAGACCACAAGUUGAUCCAACUCAUGGAGGAAAUAAUGGCUGAGAAAGAAAAUAAGACAAUAAUAUUUGUAGAGACAAAGAGACGAUGUGAUGACCUCACUCGAAGGAUGCGCAGAGAUGGUUGGCCAGCUAUGUGUAUCCAUGGAGAUAAGAGUCAACCAGAAAGAGAUUGGGUACUUAAUGAGUUCCGUUCGGGAAAGGCUCCCAUCCUCAUUGCCACAGAUGUAGCCUCCCGUGGGCUAGAUGUGGAAGAUGUCAAGUUUGUGAUCAACUAUGACUAUCCAAACAGCUCAGAGGAUUAUGUGCACCGUAUUGGCCGAACAGCCCGUAGCACCAACAAGGGCACCGCCUACACCUUCUUCACCCCAGGGAACCUAAAGCAGGCCAGAGAGCUGAUCAAAGUGCUGGAAGAGGCUAAUCAGGCUAUCAAUCCAAAACUGAUGCAGUUGGUGGACCACAGAGGAGGCGGCGGAGGAGGGGGUAAGGGAGGUCGUUCUCGAUACCGGACCACUUCUUCAGCCAACAAUCCCAAUCUGAUGUAUCAGGAUGAGUGUGACCGGAGGCUUCGAGGAGUCAAGGAUGGUGGCCGGAGAGACUCUGCGAGCUAUCGGGAUCGUAGUGAAACCGAUAGAGCCGGUUAUGCUAACGGCAGUGGCUAUGGAAGCCCAAAUUCUGCCUUUGGAGCACAAGCAGGCCAAUACACCUACGGUCAAGGCACCUACGGGGCAGCUGCUUAUGGCACCAGUGGCUAUACAGCCCAGGAAUAUGGCGCCGGCACUUACGGGGCCAGUAGCACCAGCUCAGCCGGGAGAAGUUCACAGAGCUCUAGCCAGCAGUUUAGUGGGAUAGGCCGGUCUGGGCAGCAGCCACAGCCACUGAUGUCACAACAGUUUGCACAGCCUCCGGGAGCCACCAAUAUGAUAGGUUACAUGGGGCAGACCGCCUACCAAUACCCCCCUCCUCCUCCCCCCCCUCCUCCUUCACGUAAAUGAAACCACUCGAGUGGUAGUGACUUGUGCAGACUUACUACAUUUAAAGGAACGCUCUCUUCCCCUUUUUUUCCUCCUCCCCUUUUCUUUCUUUUUUCUUUUUUUUUUUCCCCAACCAUUGUGAUUUGUCUUUCAUGCAGAUUAGUUAGACUUCACUGCCAGGUUUCUUCUGUCCGCCAAAAUGAUCCAGUCUGUAAUAACAGAUUUUGUAAAAACAUAUAUAUAUAUAGCCGACUGGAAGAGUUCCCCCCCCCCAACUUCUUGCAUGUUGAGGAUACUUGAGCUAUUUUUCAUCUUCAAAGAAAAAGUAAGGUAUUAGGCCCUUUUGUGGGAGCCCAUUUUUUUGUUGUCCUGAGUUGGGGGGGUAGGGGGGAGGGUAGAGGGUUGAAUUCUGCAGAAGAAGAUGGCAUCUGUGCUUUAGGUUGCUCUCAUUGCUGGGUUAGAAAACCAAGAGGGAAUUCCCUGCACAUUUUCUGUAAUGCUUUUUAAUGUUCCUCAGGCCUGAUGAGUUUUUAAGACAGUGCUUUGCCAUUGUCAUUUUGGCUGAUUGCUUGUUAAGUGCAUUUGACAGUUUAAAAAAAUUCCUAAUUGGUUUUGUCCCCCCUAUAUUCUGCCUUGCUCCUUCCCAAUUACUGAAAAAUAACCAUUUUAGUCUGGUUAGACAUUGAAUUUUUGAGUUUUUUAAGUGUAUCUUCUAAAUUACAAACCCCAAGUGUUUAUUGCGAUGGUUAAAUGUAGCAUCUCAGUAUCUGGGUGGAAGCUGCCUAUUUUUCUUCCCCACAUAACCAGGGACCAUCUGUGAAAUUCAUUUUCCAGCUAGAUAGCUGCUCUGAGCAGAAUGAACAUAAAUGCUCACUGAAAAUUUAGUAACCAGGUAAAUAACCAGUUAAGUAUGCAUUCACCUGCAGUAUAAAAACCACCUUUAAUUAUAAACAGAAUAUACUCAGUGGCAAAUUUUCUUUUUAAACUCAGUAUCUGUAGAGCUAGAAUAAAAGCACCUCUUUGCUAGCCACUCAGCCCUUUUGGCCAAAUGAUCUUGAAUAAAGAACCUUUGGGGGUCUGUUAAGAAAGCUCUUAAUUCUCUUCAUACUCUUCUCUGCAGUGCUUUGUAACAGCUUUUGGAUGCAAAUUUUCUUCAGCAUCCUUUUACACUCAGCUUUUUACAGGUAGGUAGUGCUUAAGAAAAGUUACAGAGGACUAAAGCCUAAGUCCUCACUUUUCUUCUUCUUGAAGGUAGGUGAGUUUGUCCCCUUGAUAGUGAUACUGUUUUACUGACACUUCUGUAGCACAUGGGCCUAGAAGGAAUUUUCUGCUCUUGUGUUCACUGUAAUAGGACAGGGAGAUCAGACAGCCCCAGAACCCUCUUCCGUAUCCAGUGUUGGACUAUUAAUUUUUUAUGCUAUUAUUGGUAUUGUUCAUUAACAAUGUAGUUAAAGGGGGAAGGCUCCACUGCAUUCUUUGGCUAAGGCCUGAGGGUGCUUGCUGGUUUGUAAUAUCUAAAUACUUGAGGUUUUUUUUCGUUUUGUUUUUCUUUUAAAAUUCUUCAGGGAGAGAGAAGGGAUGGUUUCUGAGGGGUUCUGAAAAGUAUGGUUGAAUGUGCAACAUACAGGUAGGUUGUCAGCAGAAGCUGAAAUGUACGCAUGUAAGAACUUCCACAUGUCUCCCCCUCCCCCCACACAUUUUCUUCUUUAACUGUACUUUUUUCCCCCUUCUUCGAGAAGUUGAGGCUGAGGGAGGAUGGUAGGCACAGGAAAACUUGGCAAAACUGCUCUGUGCUUUUAAAACCAAAGUGCCCCCUCACCCCCUGCCCAAAAAAAAAAAAUUAUUUUUUGGUCUAAGCACUGACCAGUCCAUUCUAGAUAUUUCUUUGUUUUUAAACAGGUGCCACCACAGGGGUGUCCUACUUACUCUCUUGCAGGUCUUAAAGCAUCCCUUUGUGGGAAGGGUCUCUGGGCAAGCGUUACUUGGUCAGCUGCUUGCUUCCCUUUUUCCACCAGGGAUGAUGUCGUAAGUCAAAAUAACAGCAUAUUCCAAAUCUCAAAAGCAAUUGUGGUCUGAGCACAAUUGAAAUUUAGCAGAGUUUUUCCUUUAUAGCUUUAGAGUAACUCUUCUGCUUCUCUGUCACUCAUAAUUCAGGUUCUGCCUUUGCUUCAGGACAUGAGCAGAAGAGUCCUCAUGUGAUGCUAGUUGUUAUCGCAGUCAUGGUUGAAACUCAUUUAGGGAAGGGAUUUCAAUAUUAAGCUGUGGGGCUGCUUCUCCCCAAUUCCUAACAAUCCAUUGUGUGGACUUUUCUCAUCUAAAAGGUUGGUGGCUUUUGCUUGGGAUCAGUGCUCUAUUCACGUUCUUGCUGGUCUCUGAACACAUUCCUGUUGCGUUAAGACUUGAAAGAUUUGUAGAUGUGUGAUGUUCAGCAGGCACAGGAUGCUAAGAGCUAUGUUACUAUUCUUAGUUUGUAAAUUGUCCUUUUGAUACCAUCUUGUUUUCUUUUGUAGGUAUAAAUAAAACACUUGACAAUAA